UCUUUACAUUGGGUUACUUUUUUGAUAACCAGUCAAAAAUUUGUUUAUUCUUGUUCAGCGCCUGGAUAUUUAUCAAAGAGAACUUUUCUCUGUUAAGUAGAAAUCGAAGCAGUAAGCAAUGAGCCUUUCACUGAGAGCCGAGUUUGCUUUAGAUAAAAAUAAAAAGAAAAGGAAACGAGAACUGGCUGAUGAACAGAAGCAGGAAAUUCGCGAGGCCUUUGAUCUCUUCGAUACUGAUAAAGAUAGAGCCAUUGACUAUCAUGAGCUUAAGGUUGCAAUGAGGGCUCUGGGAUUUGAUGUUAAGAAAACAGAUGUUCUAAAAGUUCUCCGAGAUUAUGAUAGAGAAGGAACUGGCAAGAUUACCUUUGAGGACUUCAAUGAAGUCAUGACAGAUAUGAUGUUGGAAAGAGAUCCUCAGGAUGAAAUUUUAAAAGCAUUUAAAUUAUUUGAUGAUGACAGUUCUGGAAAAAUAAAUUUACGAAAUCUCAGGAGGGUAGCAAGAGAACUUGGUGAAAACAUGACGGAUGAAGAACUAAGAGCCAUGAUAGAUGAAUUUGAUAGAGAUGGUGAUGGAGAAAUCAACGAAAAUGAAUUCUUAGCCAUUAUGACUGGAGACACGUAGGAAAAUAGGAGAUCUUUAGAUAGCAGAGACUUUAGGGACCACAGAUUAUAAUUGUGAUAUUAGGCCAAAAACAAUAAUUAUUUUAUAGUUUGUUUCUGACUUUCUUACCCAAAUAUAUUAAGGGUAUGCAUGGAAUUUUGAAAGAAAAAUGCAACAGUUGAUUAUAAUAAAAGUGAACAAAUAUGAGUGGAAAAAGUCAUGAUAAUUUGAGGUUAGAGGGAAAAAACCCAAACAAAACCUUGCUGUUGAUAAGCAAGUUUCAAAGCAUGAAUGCUUUUCAUGCUUAAAAACGUAUUUGUAAACAAGGUUUAAAAAUUAUACCAUCCAUUGUGCCAGUAUUAGGUCAUAUUGUCACUUAAGUGCAGUAACAGGUUACCUCCUAUUAAAUUAUGUUAAAAGUUAACCCAUUACUGCACUAAGUUGACUUUCCCAGAACACAUUAUCAUAAUUGUUACACUAUUUUAUCUUAUUGUUCAAGUUCAUGUAUUUUCAGCCUAUAUUUUUGUAAUACAUGUUUAAGAUACAUGAAUGAUAAUUACAUUUAAAUUGUUUACACCAAUUAUAUUUCUGAAAGCUAAAUAACCUCAAUUGAUUAUGAAAAUGGCUUUACUGUUUAUAUAUAGUGCCUGUCUGACCUCCAGUUUAAGAUUUACUAUGUUCAUCCUUGAGUAAGAUACUUUAAUCGACUAAAUUUGUCUGAUUUGAAUAAAAGAAUGAAUAAAUUAAGUAUUGAAAGCUGUGUUCUCUAUUAUAGGCCCAGUAAAGUUGGUAUUUUCUUUAAAAAAAAACACUCAUUUUUUAAUGGCACAAUAUAUUCAUAUUGUAAAGUUUUAAACAUAACAUAAUUAUCUACUUUUUGUGAAGUCUUUAUUUCAAUUUACAAAGAAACUGAAGUAAUUAUCAAUAUUUUCUAACAUCAAAUUUUAGCAUAGUAUAGCUUAAAUCCGGACUCCAAUUAAAUGUCCAUAUUGGACUAACCAGAAAUAUGUGAUGAUGCCUUGUAGUGCUCUUUUUGUGUGUUAAUACAAUGUAACUACUAUGUGCAAUGUAUAUAAAAAAACUAUUGUCUCCUUUUUAUUGUUUCACAAGUUUGAAGUACUACAUAUGUAUUUUGUUUCCUUGUUUUUAGCUUCACCACGUCUUUAUGAUUCAAAAUAUUUUUUAUGCUGGAAGUACAAGAUCUGCAUGAAAAGUCAUAGAGAUCUGUUUAUAUCUAAUGUGUUAACUGUAAACACAUGUACAUUAUUAUCUCAUUCUUUUCUCUAUCAACAGAAAGUUGGUAUAAGAGUAUUGUAGUUUAUAUAAAACCAAACUACAGCUCACUUUUCAAUUUGAAAUAAAAACCUACUUUUGUAUUAGUUUUGUUUCCACUUAAAAUGAAUGUUGAAAUUGUCAUGAAAAGUAUUUGAAAUAUAUAAUUAUUUGUUGUAAUGAACUUCCAAACUUUAAAAAGGGGAAAUAAAUGUUGAAAGGGUCACGAAGAAUUGUUGAAGAUAAGGCUUUUUUGUCAGUUAUAUUAGGACUGUGAUAAUGAAAUUUCAGACAUAAAAAUGGCCUACUUUUUAGUGGAGAAACUUGACACCUGUGGGUGUAAUGAAAGGCACAAAUUAAAAGCUGUCAUAUUUACACUGCCUUGUCGUUCUCCCACACUGUCUGUUUAAGUUGUCUAAAGACUCAAAACUAGCAUUUAAUGCUAUUGUCGAGAUUGAAAUAGUUGUCAACUUAGUGCAGUAACGGGUUAACUGUUAUUUAGAUUCAAUACUGCUUUUAGGUGACAGAUUCUAUAGAGACUAUUGUAUAUAAAAGUCAAUAGUUCAUCCUGAUGACCCUUAGUUAUCUAGUCUAUAGAAAAAACAUAACAUAUAAUUUUCAAAUCAAUUAAAUCUACAUGUUGUUUGUAAUUAUUUAUAUGUGCUUUCUUGAUACAUGAGUGAGUAUUUUUAAUAAAAUAUAUAUAUUUAA